CCGAAAUCUGCUGACCACAGGAGUGUACUCCCUGAUGUACCGAGCCAGUGAGCCGCCAGCGGUCGCUCGGAACUGUGAAGUAACAAAUUAAUUGUUAUUUUACUAAGAAAAUAAUGUGUUGUCGUGAUUUGUGAGUGAAUAUUACAUUAGCUGUAGGAAAUUAUGACCAGUGAAAAUAUGAAGGAACGUUGGGAUCAGUUGGGCCUUCCACCAAUGGAGUUGGCCGAGUCAUCGGGAAAUAGUCGCGAUAACAAUGGGGGGAACAGAUGUUUAUUCCCUUCACUACAAAAACUGAUAUUAUUGCUACUACUAACAUUUUUCGCAGUAGGAACUUACAUCUUACUGCUAAGAAUAUCUGAAAACACUGAUUCUACGAAAAUAAUAAUUGUCACUGGUAAUAAUGACCUUCCGAAUGUAACGCUCCGCAACAUGGAAUUAUAUUCUAUUCAUUUGGAUAAGGAAGCAAAAAAUGAAACGUCCGAAGAAUCGUCAUUAGAUCCUCUUAUUAUUGAAAGAAAGAAAAGAGAUACCUUAGAAAAAACAGCAGAAAACAUGGAAGAACCUAUCUUAUACAGUGACGAACUGUUACAAAAAUCUAGGGAACUGAUGAUGGAAUACGAUGCUCACUGCAAAAACGAAAAUAAGAACGAAAUCUGUAAAGACCUAGUUACGAAACUGAGGGAGCUACAAAACGAUGAUGAAAUGAAAAUUAAAGAAGAUCAACCUAAAAUGAAUUUAGAUGUCAACAAUAACGUGCAAAGAGUUGCUACUGAAGGUAAAGCAAAAAAUAGUGUUGAUUUUAAUGACUUGACAAAACGGGAUACGUUGAUGAACCUUGAGCAUUUUAUGGACAAUGUCCCUAUGCCGAUGAACGCUAGAAACCAUGAUCCGUUGCCAAGUGCCCAUAUGGUGCCACAUUCACACUCGGUAACACCUCAGCAUCUUAGUGAUACAUGUUUAUUGGCGCGUCUAAUAAAACAGAAUUAUCCGCGAGCAAAAGAAAUUUAUGAGCCCUCUUCUGACUACUUACACACACAACAUCACGAGCAUCCAGUAAUGUCUAAAGCCAGGUUUUUCUCGCCCUCUGUGCACACUCCAUAUAUACAAGAGCGGGAUAUGGACAUGCAAAGGCGUAAAAUCCAUCCUCAAGAUGUUGAUAUAUUCAUGAGCAUGCUGACGCCAAAAGCAGCAACACCAAGGGAGAGUAAUCAAACAAAAGCAUCUCGGGAAGCGAUGUGCCCGCGAGGUACUGUGUCCUGUCUUAGUGGAGACACUUGCAUCGAUGAGAAGCAGUGGUGUGAUGGCAACGUCGACUGUCUAGACGUCAGUGAUGAAGCCAGCUGUGCUUGCAAAGACAGAGUCGACAAGUCUCGCCUCUGCGACGGAUACUUUGACUGUCCUUUUGGAGAAGAUGAAAUGGGUUGCUAUGGUUGUAGUGAAACUAUGUUCAGCUGCGAAGACUUAGACAUCAGUGCUCAAAGCACCUGCUUCUCAAAAGAACAGAGAUGCAAUAACGUUGUAGACUGUCCAAACCACAAAGAUGAACUAGAAUGCAACAUGUUAGCUCCGAGUCUACUCAAAAAACCAUUGUUUGCCAUCUCAAAUACUGAGGGAUUCCUGCAUAGAAACUUCAAAGGUGACUGGUAUGCUGUAUGUAAAAACCCGUAUAUGUGGGCUCAUGAUGCUUGUCGUCGGGAGACCGGUGUCAUAAUAAGGCCUCCAUUUAUCAGCACCGUUCCAAUUGACCCUAUGGUGAAGAUCGACUAUCUGAAUACUGGUCCUGGAGGCCUAAUACAAACAAGUGACACAUGCAUGAACUCAUCAGCUGUUUACGUCACCUGUCCUGACUUAAUAUGUGGAACACGAGUGCAGUCCACAUCACAACUGCUUAAACAGAGCAACGUUAUGGAAAAUCGCUUGUUUGGACGAAACAAAAGAAAUUUCCCAGCAAGGCAUGCCUAUCCACCAUUGUUUUAUGGUAACCGCUUUAAAAGAGAUGUGGACCAAGAUAGCACUAAGACAAAUUACGGAAUGGGAAUCAAUAGAUUCGGGGCCUUUGAUACGAUGAGGAACAAAAGAACUGAGAGCAGGGUGGUGGGUGGAAGACCUAGUCAGCCGGCAGCCUGGCCUUGGAUGGUGGCUGUGUACAGAAACGGCAUGUUCCAUUGCGGUGGAGUCGUAAUUAACCAUAGCUGGGUGAUAUCUGCUGCUCAUUGUGUCAGCAAAUUUUGGAAAUAUUAUUACGAAGUACAAGUUGGUAUGCUGCGUCGUUUUUCAUUCUCGCCACAGGAACAAAGUCACAGAGUGACUCACGUUAUAGUCAAUCAAUUUUAUAGCCAAACUGACAUGAAAAACGAUAUGUCUCUAUUGAGAGUUGAGCCCGCUAUUCAGUUUAGCCGAUGGGUGCGACCGAUUUGUUUGCCGGGUCCCGAUACGGCCGGUCCUGAUUGGCUUUGGGGACCUGCUCCCGGCACUAUAUGUACUGCUGUUGGUUGGGGAGCUACUACGGAACACGGACCCGAUCCUGAUCACAUGCGUGAAGUAGAGGUUCCUAUUUGGGAAAACUGUAAACACCGAGAAGAUCAAACUGGUAAAGAAAUAUGUGCUGGAUUCGUUGAAGGUGGAAAGGAUGCAUGCCAGGGUGAUAGUGGUGGCCCGCUUUUAUGCAGGAAUCCAUUGAAUUCACAACAAUGGUACAUGGCAGGCAUCGUGAGUCACGGAGACGGGUGCGGUCGUAAAGAUGAGCCCGGUGUUUAUACUCGAGUCAGCCUCUUCGUAAAAUGGAUUAAAUAUUAUAUAUCAUCCAAUACAUUACCUACUAUUCAACCCAUACAAGAAUGUCCAGGAUUCAAAUGUGACACAGGAAUUUCAAAAUGUCUUCCACUUAAAAGACGAUGUGACAAAAUAGUUGAUUGUCUUAAUGGAGAAGAUGAAACGAGAUGUGAUUUCACAAAAGCUUCCUUCACUGAUAGCUUACUUAUGGAAACAAAAAAUACACUAGAAGAACUAAUGGAAAGAAAAGAAGCCGAAACAGAAGCCCCCUUGAUGUCUACCGCUUCGAAUCAAGAAAAUAUGAUGUCAACUAGGAUGCCAAUGGACAAAGAAACUCCAAAACCUCAACUUGAUAAUGAAAAUCCUCUAUCUUCAACAGAAAAUAUUCUAGGAAUGUCGACUAAUGGGAAUCGAGGAAAUACAGUGUCUACAAUGAUGGCUUUCGAUGAAGAAACUCCAAAACCUCAACUUGAUGACGAUCUCUCUUCAGCAGAACUUCACUUACAUAAACACGGAUGGGAAAGCAAAAAGAUAAUAAAACAGGAGGACAUUAUCAGCAAAGAAAACGCAGAUGAUCAGUCUAAGACUGUAGAUGAAACACCAGAUUCUUCACAGACUAUGUUUGAAAACAAUGAUAGAAGCUCAGAGGGUGUUGUUUCUUCUAAGGAUAACGCAGUAACUGAGUCAGUAGUAAAGAUGACCACUGUCAGUCGUGGAGAUGUAGAACUUAUAACAAUGGGUUUCGAUCCAGCAUCUCUCGAAUCAGGAUCAUCAGUAUUAGAAACGACAGUGAAUUACAUACCACCUGGUGAUUAUUUGAAUGGUGAAGAUAAUGUAACAAAUAAUGUAUUUGAUGAAAAUAUUGAAGAUAAUGUUACAAGCAACGUUUUAGAUCAAAACGUUGAAGAAAAUGUCACAAGCAAAGUUUUUGAUCAGAACAUUGAAGAAAAUGUAACAAACAACGUUUAUGAUCAAAACAUUGAAGAUAAUGUAACAAACAACGUUUUUGAUCAAAACAUUGAAGAAAAUGUAACGAACAACGUUUUCGAUCAAAACACCGUUAGUCAGGUAGAAACAUCUACUUCUGGUUUAAUCGUGAAAGAUGCUAUGGACCAGGUAAAGGAAGCAACGUCUUCAUCAAGCAAAGAAAAUCUGAAAGAAAAUGUAAAUGGCCGGAGUGACAACGAUACGGGCUUAAUUGUAAAACUGCUGCCAGAAUCACAAACAUUAUCACCUGACCAAGAAGAAGACUCAAAACUUAUUCACGAGGAUCUUCAGCAAAUCACUGCAAACAUUAAUAAGGAAAACAAAGGUUCCAAAUCUCUCCCAGUUACAGAAGAUUUGAAUCACCUCGAAGAUAUAGUGACGUCUGAACUAGAACCACCUAAAUCAAGGAGGAAGCAUCGUAACCCUCCCACAUUUGAAUGCAGACGAAUUGACCAAACAAUACCUUAUCACAUGCGGUGUGACAGAAAAGCGGAUUGUGAGGAUGGCACUGAUGAACUCGACUGCACAUGUACCGAUUAUUUGAUAACUUUUGACGACAAGCUUAUAUGUGAUGGAAGACCUGAUUGUGCUGAUGGACAAGAUGAACAGGACUGUUUCAGCUGUCCAGACGACCAUUUCUUGUGUAGUAAGAGCCAGGUUUGCCUACCAGAAAAACAUGUCUGUGAUGGAAAACGAGAAUGUCCACUAGGCGAAGAUGAAAUGAAUUGCUACGCAUUAUCCAACGGUCAAGAAAUGGAAUUUGACUUAGAUGAAAGGCCACUAGUAAACCUAGAGGGCUAUUUAACAAAGAAACAUUUCAACAAUGAGUGGCAUGUACUCUGUUAUGAUGAACUAUCUACUGAGGAGCAAGAACAAGCAGCUACGCACAUUUGUCGCUACUUAGGAUUUAGCGGUGCAAAUAGAUAUCCAGUGAAAUACAUAAAUAUCAACAAGAACGAUGUAAUGGGAAUCGAAUCACACAACAACAGGCAUCGAAGAGAAACAAACCAACGUGUUCCUGUCCACUUCGUCUACAGAAUGGAAGGUUCAGAGAAUGAUACAAGCCGACAUACCAUCAUAAAAGGACCCCAAGUACUUAAAGAAGAAUGUGUACCAAACGUAACAAAAACCUGCAAAGCUUUGUACGUUGCUUGUGACAAUACUCUCUUCACCAACUUUGAUGAUGAAGAUGAUUCAGUAAACAGUGUGUUCAAACGAGACUCAUCGGUUAGUAACCGUGAAUGGCCUUGGAUUGCUAAAGUCUUUGUUGAAGGAGACUACAAAUGCACUGGUGUUUUAGUCAAUCUGUCUUGGGUUUUAGUUAGUGAGUCUUGCCUCUGGGAUGCCACACUAUCUCAUCACUUCAUAACAGUUGUACUAGGAUCUCAUAGAACUUUAGAAGGUUUGACCAGCAUGCACGAACAAGUUUAUCAAGUGGAUUACAAGAAGGACAUUUAUCGCAACAAAGCUAUGUUGUUGCAUCUGAAAGAACCAGCUCAUUACUCAAAUGUCGUAAAGCCUAUGAUUGUUGCUUCUGCCUACACCCCAGACGAGAAAUCGACUUGCGUAGCUGUUGGUCAAGACUAUAAAAACAAUACAAUAAGCGUAUUUUUGGAAGAAACUCAUGAAAACUGUCACCCCAGCAAUCGUUGUUUCAAACGAAAAUCAACCGAAAAUAUUUGCCCGGUUGAGGUGAAAUCGACCCAACACUGGGCUGGUAUCAUAAGUUGUCAUAAUGACGAAGGAUGGUACCCAGCUGCUACAUUCGUUGAUGGCAGAGGAGAAUGCGGAUUACAGGACCAUAUUAAUGCUACAGCUAUAGACCACCUUAAACACGAAAUACACAGACAUUACGGUAAGAAGAAAUUACCAUCUUUAAUCGAGACGGAAUUUGGUGACGAUUGCGAAGGAACGCGAUGUGGGCGAGGUCGGUGUGUGGGAUUAAUGCAAGUCUGCAACGGUAUCAGAGAUUGUGAAGAUGGUAAUGAUGAAUCUGAACAAGCUUGUGAAAAGAAGAAUACAAUGUGCGAGAAGGACCCGUACCAUAGAGGAUGUGAAUGUACGGUUGGCCAAAUGAAAUGCCACAACGGCAAAUGUAUAUCGAAGGAACUCUUCCAAGAUGGAAACGAUGAUUGUGGAGACGGUACUGAUGAGCCUGGUCGCUCAGUCUGUGCAGUCUACUUGGCCAGAGUGAUGCCUUCAAAGCUGUGUGAUGGAAUUCUCAACUGUCAUGAUAGAAGCGACGAAGAUCCUAUGUUCUGCAAAUGUUUCGCGAAGAAGAGUUAUAAAUGCGGUUCUAAGUUAGGCGUUGAUCACUGCGUGGCUCCUGAUAUGGUGUGCGACGGUGUUCGGGAUUGCCCUAAUGGAGAAGAUGAGCAGGUCUGCAUAGGUCUCAACGCUCCACAUGGAACACCAUACGGAACCGGUCAAGUGACAGUCCGUCGUCAUGGCGUCUGGCACUCCAAGUGCUACUCCUCACCGAACCACACCAAAACCGAGUUAGAAGCAAUCUGCGCCGAAUUAGGUUUCAGGAGCGGACAUGCGAAGCAAAUCAAACAAAUCGAAAAUUUCGUAGUUCACCCGUAUAAUAACUUAGUGGUCGACCCUUUCAACGAAAUUACGCUCAAUAAUAACACAGUGAUAAAAAUGAGAAAUUCACACGAACCGAUAGCCAAGCCCGUGUUCGAUGAGAAUCUGAAGGAGUGUUACCCAGUUUUUAUAGAAUGUCGUUAGGAUGUCCUAUAGAUGUUAUUUAUUUUAUUUAUUGAUAUUUAGACCUUAAGUUGGAUUUCAGUUUUUCUAUGGAAUAAAUGUAUUUUUUUAUGUUC